GCUUGCAAAUUUACGUGUUUGUGAUGAUGGUGUGAAAAUUUGGAAAAAAGUGGCGCUCGAAGACGAACGUAAGAAUGUCGUCGGGGUCAUCUUAUCCUCUGGUACCGAGUCUUGGCGGAAAAAGACUGGAUUUAUGUGAGCUCGCUGCUUUCUUAGGAGGGACGAGAAGAGGUUAUGGCUGUCCAAGCGGAGUGCUCCUUCCCGCCGCAGUGGCACGGCCGCUGGUUCCAGUCGGGCGUGCCCAAGCUCAUCUCCAUCUCGGGCAGCGACUUUGAGACCAAGGGCGGCUGCGUGCAGAACGAGAAGGACAAGUACCUCAUCGAGGACAGGAAGGAGAAGUGCUUCCGCUGCGUCUCCAUCCACGAGAUGCACCCCAACGUCCUGCAGUACAAGGAGACGUACUGCGAGACGGCGGAGAUGGCGCAGGACCUGUGCAAGAGCGUGCCCAUCGACACGACGCUCUUCUCCAUGUUCCGCGCGGACGCGGAGCCGCAGCGCUGCCCGCUGCUCGACCCGCCCUUCAACUUCACCUACUCGCGCAACUCGGGCGAGUGCGCCUGGCCCGUGUCGAGGCUCGACGGCUGCACCAACCCGGCGCGGCUGCGGCUGCACUACCAGGCCUGCCCGGACGUGCCCAGCACCGAGAGCACCGUGGAGGAGCUGGAGUGCGUCGCGGACUGGAAGGAGGGCUCGACGCGCUACAUGGUUGGGCGGCUGCAGUACCACCACAAGACGCUGGCCAGCGACGAGGAGCGCUACCGCUGCUUCGUGUACGAGCCCUCGCCCGACGGCUACUCGGUGGCGCAGUCCGGCGACGCCACCUGCACCGGCCUCACCUCGUCCACGGUCGGCUCCAGGAACAUGCGGCUGACGCGAGUGCGCCAGCGGUGGCCGCCCUGCCGCCUGCCCGAGUGGCUGCGCGCGCACGACACGUGGACGUCGCUCAGCAAGCACCUGCAGCUGUCGGUGGGCCUGCACAACGUGACGCUGCACCACCUGCGCGCCCACCACCGCCACCAGCUGCACCGCCACCAGCUGCACCAGGACGAGGACAACGACCUGCGCGUGCGGCCCCGGGCGAGCGGCGGCCGGCCUCAGCGCGGGGGCCACCAGGAGACCAUGACGUGCCACUCCGUGACGGAGCGCAGCGACCGGGAGGUGCAGAUGGUGGUGCACGUCACGCAGGAGUGUGAGAGCGGCUACAGCUGUCUGCGGUUGUACCAGCGCGACCAGCACGUCAUGGAGCUGCAACGUUCCGCGCAAACGUCGAGCCCGGAGGAAGCCUGUCGAUCGGACAACUUCGACCCGCUGUCUGAGCGCUACACCACAUUCAUAACCGCCGAGCCGCAGCACCGCCAGUGCCCGUACUCCGGCCGCUACGCCGUCACCAACUACCUGGGCAGCGACAUCGUGUGCAGCACGCACCCCAACCGGCCGACGCACAUCGAGGACAACGCCAUCGACGGGCUGCUGCAGCACCGCGUGCCGCGGCCCGGGGCGCAGUCCUUCGCCGUGGGCUGCGGCGCCGAGCACACCAUGGAGUUCCACUCGCACUGCGAGGCCGACAGGGUCACCGCGUACACGUGCCACGGCAGCUGGAGCGACAACGGGACGAGGUUCGCCAUCGCGCUGCCCGUCGCGCUGCCGGUGAGCUGGGCCGUGGACUCGGCCGCCUCCUCGCUGCACGGGCCCGCGGGCGCCGCGGCGCUGCACGGCGACGACGACGUCGGCGUCCGCAGGCUGUGCUUCGUGUACCGCGAGCUGGCCUCGGACGACAUCUCCGGCGUCCUGGAGACGCCGUCGGCGCCGCCCGGCGCGCCCAGCAGCCGCCAGCCCGCCGUGGUGAUCCAGUCGCGGGUGGGCGAGGAGUGCCACCGCCACCACCUGCACGCCGACCCGCGCGACCUGCCCCGGCAGCAGAGCAGCACCCAGGAGGGCGUCGCGGAACCCGGCCCGGCCGAGACCGUGUUCCUGGCCUUCGACCUGACGCCCAAAGGCCACUGCGCGAGCUCCGCCGUGCGAGGGCCGUCCCCGGCGCCGCUGGCGGCCCUGCUGGUGCUGUGCCUGGUGCCGCUGCUCCCGCGGCUGAGCCGGGUGACCCAAUCCAACGCCGUCAGAUGAUACCUCGCCGGCCCGUUGGCGGCCUUUGUGUGAAUGAUACGGGGCCAGCGUGUGUCGACGGCGCCGCUCCGGGCACGUCAGCCUGAGCUAGAACGAGACCCCGACCCGCGAGUGGGUCCCUGCGCACCGUUACAGUCUGAAAGCUCAUACGGGGUGCGAGACAUGUCCAGCCAUGUGUCUGAUCGCCGUCAAUAAGACAUCCGCGAUUCCAACCACCGUACCUAUUGUGUGUGUAACUUUUUGAAUGGAUCAUUUGGUUCCGGACGCGGUUGCGCGGCGGCUGGGCUGGGCAGUGGUUGAACACGCCAGCGGGUGGCCGUGCCGGGGUGGGCCCCGGCCGAUGCGAUGGAUGGCGCCGGGGCAUGCAGGGGGACAGGGGACAGGCCGGGCCUUUCAGCCCCUAUUGUCAGGAGCAGGCUCGCUGCCAGAGGGGCGCCCGCCCCGCCCGCCCCACCUCCUCGCGCCCAA